AUGGCUGCCAGCACCGUGGUCGGUGGGAGCGAGGUGGCGGAGGGGUAUACUGUAAUCUCGCCGGAGGAGUACGCGCAGCUCAUUGCUGCAACAGCCCCCGCUGCGACGGUGACAACAUCAGCCCCGAUCACGGCGGUUCCCUACGGCAGCACGAGUCCAUACACGACCGUCACUACCAGCUACCCGAGCUAUCCCAUCACGAGCAGCCCUGCUGUUCAAUAUGCCGCAUCCCCUCUUCCGGCUUCAUACGCCGCGGCCCCAUGCACCACGACUGCUGUGUCUACAACUGCGGGCCAGCCAAUCACUUACCAGGCGACAGGGAUGCCGUACCCAAGUGCCUCCUACAAGCCAGCUACCUACCAAGCCUCCACGCAACCAUCGGCUGUGCCAGCCAUCACCGUGACGUCUGCCCCACCUCAAGCGCAAGCUGCUCAGCUGCCCAGCAUUACUGUGUCCUCUCCACAACCAGCGUAUCCCGCCGUUUCCUACCAGCCUGCACCGUCUGCUGCACCAUCAGCCACUGCCCAGCCGCUACUGCAAACUGGCCAGUUGAGCGGCCAGCUGCCAAGCAUGCCGUCCGCGCAACAACAAGCGUCAGGGCCGCCAGUGCAGCCACCACGGCUGACUGAAGGGAUUCCGGAUCCACACGCCGUGGAGCAGCAGAAGCAUGCCUACGAGAAAAGCUUGGAUGCCCAACUGGAGCAGGGCAUUAAGAUGAUCGAGCAGCAGAACGAGGUCAAGAAGCAAGCUCUCCGGCAGGAAGCGGAGAUGAAGAAGGAGCAGUACUUCUUGCAGGUGGAUCAGCAGCUGAAGGCGCAGGAAAUGAGCGUCGACCAGCAGGCCAACUACCAGCUCAUGGGGCUUCAGCAGGCAGCCUUUGAGAGGAAGGCAGCACUCGAUCAGCAGGCGGCGCAAGCGACCCUGGAGUACGAGCAGAAGCGCGUUGCAGAUGAGUUUGCUCAGACACAGUACGAGCAUAAGAAGCGUGCAGCUGAGAAGCAGGCCGAGAUGCAGCGAGAGCUCGCUAGGCAAAAGGAGGCCUUCGCUCAUCAGCAGCGUGCCAUGCAAGAGCAAUAUGCCCAGCAGGCUGCCGGACUGGUGGCUGAGAGGCAGGCACCACCGCCUGCGAUGGCGCGGCCUGAGGUCUACGCCCAGCAGCCGGCUGUCUACGCCCAGCAACCAGCUUAUUACGCUCCACAGGCGGCGCCGCCAAUGGGCAUCGCGUGA